GUGAGGCCGCUCUGUCUCAGAGGCAGGGCGGCUAGUUCAAGUUGCCAUAGCGGCGGGGUGACUAGGGAGCUGGCUCGGUGCCGGACAGUUGGUGCUGGAGGCGUUGGUGGAGCAUGAUUUGGGUGUAAGAGAUCCCAAUGGCAGAUUCGUCCAGUGAAUCAGACACCUUCCAUCGUAGAGUUGGGAGGCGCUGUCCUGUAAGAGCACAGUGCAGCAGUAGAAUCCGAAUUCGUGGCACUGAAGAUGUAACCGAGAAAAUCCAUACACUAGCAAGCACUUUACAGGAUACCAACCGGAACCUAAGGCAGGUGGACCAGAUGCUGGGCCAGUACCAUGAAAGGGCGCAAAUAAAGUGAAAUUGCGGGCAGAAGCAAUUACAAAUCUUAAAGAAACUCUGGAACAGUCUAUAGGCCAACUGAGGAAUCAACGAUUAUUGAGAAACUCUGGAGCAAGAAGUGCAUCUGUUUCCAGCUUGUAUCCAAGUGAUUUGGAUGGUGGAGCUCCAGAAACUCGUCAAUUCCAGCCUACCUCUCCUCUCAGGGAUUACUGCAUGCCACGUCAGAGGUCAAGGUCUGCAGUCCGGUUUGUUGACCAAGCCGCACAUGUAGACCAGUUACACUCUCUGCACCAGUCACUCAGAGAUCUUAGCAGUGGUCAGAUUCGCUUGGAGGAAGACCUCAGCAGAGAGCUUUCACGAAGAAAUCGAACUGAAACAGAGACAAAAAGGGUGUUGGAGGAGCUGACUGGGAGACUUGGUGAUCCCCAAAGACAAGAAUCGGUGUCUGACCGCGUAGAGAGGAGGCUCCAGGCAAUGGAACGAGAAAUCCAUGCAGAAAGGCAGAUGGUAGAAAGACGCCAGGAUCAGCUGGGACACAUGUCGGUGCAUCUGCAGGAGGCUUUGAAACAGCAAGAUGCUAAAGCUAAUGAAGUGGAAAUCAUCUUGAAAAAUAAACUGCUCAGAACGGAAGAUGAAAAAAGUAAACUUGAGCAGGAAUUGGAGCACUCCCGGAGGAAACUGGAUCAGUCGGAAUACAGCCGAGAAGCUCUUCUCCACCAGAUUGAGGAUCUCCGUUCCCAACUCCUUAGAGCAGAAGAAGAGCGUCAGAGUUUGCAGCACCAAAUCUCUCAGGUCGCCUUUCAUCACCAGAGGCGCUCUGAUGAGCAGGAGGAUGGCAGGAGGAAGCACAGAGUCGCUGAUCAGAAUAAAGAAGAUCUGGAGAAACAGAUCUGGGAACUGAGAGCAAAGCUCAGUCAUAGUGCUGUCAUGUCAGAGAUAGAGGAGUUAAAGCGAUGCAUUGAGCGCAAGGACAAAGAGAAGGCACAGCUUGGAUUGAAAAUAGAGGUUCUCACAUCUGACUUGGAAAAGAGGGAGAACCAGCAGCAGCAGAUGUUGAGCCAGCUGAAGGAGAUACAGAGCAACUACCAGGCCUGCGAAAAUGAUUGCAGAGCAGCUGAGCACCAGGUUGCUGAGCUGUCUCAGCAACUGGAAGAGUCUGUGAAGGAAGCAGAGAGGUGUCUUGCUGAAUUAAGACAAUCAGAAGCCCUCAGGCAAGAUGGUGAGAAAAAGAAGGAGGAGUUCAAACUGAAAGCGCAGGAAACCAUUAAACAUUGGAAGCUGAAAUGUAGAAAACUGGAACAGGAAACAGAAAAACAGUCCGAGGUUCACGCCCAUUUGACGGAGAAGAACAAUCUGAUCCUUAAAGAAAAGGAUGACUUGAAGGGCCAGCUUCUUUCAGCUAUGCACCAAAUGGAAAAUCUUCAAAAGGAGCUGAGUGAUGCACUUGAAAAGCGGGCCAAGCAAGAAGAGGAGCUGCAUUGUAAAGACAGAAAACUAAGUGAAGCCAGAUCUCUGCAGUUGGCUCUGGAUCAGGAGAUCAGGGAUGUCCGAGAAACUGCAGAUAAGCUGGACAGUGAACUGCAAAGGCAGGGCCUAGUACACAACCAGAUGAGCAGUGAUAAACAACGUUUAGAAGAAGAGCUUGCAACUAUCAACACGAUCCAUGAAAAAGACCAAGGAAGACUCUUGGAGAUGCAGGCUGUUAUAAAAAAUCUUAGUGCCAUUCGGGCCGAGCUGACCCACCAAAUAGCAGAAGAGGAAAAAGUCAAGAAGGAAAUACGCAAGAACCUAAUGGAGCUCCAGAAGCAGCAGGAGUCUAAACAGGAGGAGAUGGCUGUGGUCAGCAAGCAGCUGAAGUUGGAGAGAGAUGUCCACCAGAAAGAGUUGGCAGAACUGCAGUCGGAGUUGCAGUGGGCCAAAACCAAACAUGACCAACAGGUCCAAGAGAUGAUGAAGCGUUUCGGUCAAGAAAAAGAAGAAGCAGCUGAUCACAUUGGAAAACUGAAGGCAGAACUUUCAGAAGAAAGAAAUUUGGUAAAAGCUCACCGUCGACAGGUAGAAAAGAUGAAAAUCGAAUGUGAUAAAUUGACAGAGGAACUAAGCCAUAAGGAAGAAGACAAUGCAAAACUUAGGCGAAAAUAUCAAUUUAUGAAACAGGAACUGGAUGACAAGGAUAAAAGGAUAAAUAGUGAAGAAGAUAAUGUAAGAAGGGUGGAGGAAGAAAGAUUACACCUUAAUGAUCAGCUGUGUUGUCUUCAAAGUGAACAGGAGUCCAUCCUCACUGUGAUUGGAAGUGAAAUUGAUGCAGCUUGCGAAGUUUUCUCUAGGGAUUCAUUGGAAAAAUUCAAAGCCAUAUCACUUAUGCCCGGGGUACGGAAUGACCCUCAUCGGUGGUUAGCAGAAACAAAGACAAAACUUCAGUGGUUGUGUGAAGAAGCAAAGGAGAAAGAGACCAAGGAGAAAAAGCUGCGGCGUCUUCUGCAGCAGGGCCGAGAGCAGCUGAAGCACCUGACCUUUAGUAAAGAGUCGGAGCGCCACGUUCUCCUCAGUCAACUGGAAAAGCAGGAGCAACUCCUGGAUGAAGUUCAUCAAGCAAAACGGGAUCUACUGGAGAAGACUCUCCGGAAGGAGGAAGAAAUAAGUGCCCUGCAGGAGCGAAUAGCAACAUUAGAAACAAGUACGCGAGUGGCAUUAGAUCACCUAGAGUCUGUCCCAGAGAAACUGAGCCUUUUGGAAGAUUUUAGAGAUUUUGGAAAUUGCCCUGAUUGGACAGUUGGAGAAAAAUAUAUUAAAUAUAAGGAAAUCAUGGGCUCCUUGCAGCAGCAUCUUGAAGAUUCAAAACGCAGACUUGAAGAAUUCAGGGAUAAGAAAACUGAGGCUGAUAUUUCUCCCAUACACAGUGCAACUUCUAACUGGCGAACCAGCAGCAACUUUAUGUCCAGCUCCUUACUUUCCACUUCAGGCUCCUUAACCAGAAGUACUCUGGAUUUAAACACAACCAAGAAAAAUGCCCUCAGUGUGACUGUCAAUGGGAUGAAGCCCCGAAUGGAGCAAGAGGAGUACUAAAAGAACCAAUAAGCGUGCAGCUUUUCACUGCAAGGCGUGCAGCUCUGCCCUGCUUUCUGCUUCUGGGCAGUCGCGCCCAGCUGUAUUUACAAAAGCAGUGCCGAUUCCUUGGUUUCACUGAUGCCAAAUAGUAACUGAAAGCAGCAUCAUGACUGCGUGCAUAAAAUAAUGUUGGUGAUGCCUGAAGAGUUGAUGCGUCCUGUCAAAUGCCAAAGCGUCUUCUGAUAGGAAGCAUCGUGUCCCUCUCCUUUGCUUCUGUCCAUUUCCAACCAGACCUUUUCCGUUCCUCAGUGCCACGUGUGGACUGCUGUUCCUGAGAUGUUUUUUAAAAACCCUGCACUGUACAAAAACUUAAAUCUGUUUUAACUUCAAAGAAAUGAUUAUAUUUUGAUCAAACAAUAUAAUAUAAGCACAUUUUUUUUAUAAUCAGGAAGUGGUUAACAGAAAAUGCCUUGUGUGUAAAUAUGAUGUUUUCUAAAUUUAGUAGACCAAUGCAUUUGCAUGUGAUAGCAUUUGUACAACAGAAGUGCCUCAAAUGAUGCUUUAUGCAGUGAUUACAUUACUGUGCUUAACAACAGAAGUGGCUUAUAUCAGAAACAAUGACCUGUAUUUCCUUCCCUGCGGGAAAAGAUCAGAUUCCAUUCUGUACUUCACUCUGUUUGGGACUGUGCUGUUUGUUGACCCAAGUUUAGCAAAGAAACAUCCUAACCUAAAUGUCCCCUGAACUGGAAGAAAUUCAGUUGACUGGUGGUUAUAAGCCACUUCUGUUACCAAGCAUUGAAAUACUGCUCCCCAGAUGUUCUAAUAAUAAUGCAGUGCUGUGCAUGAAUUGCAACUUGGUAGUAUAGCUCCGGGGUCUUGAUCGCUUGUUUUGUGCAACAAACUUACCAGAACCACCUUCUUGAGAACUACCAGCAGGAGAGGUUGGCUUGCAUGCGACAUGACCUUUUAAAAGGCAAUUUCUAAUAAUCACAUCAUUUCCAUUCCUGCGUUCUUCAGUUUAUUAAAAUGUCACCUUCGCUUAAAGUGUUAAUGACAAUGUGCAGUAUUUUAGCCUUAUUUUGUGGCCUCCAUGGAUGCAAUCAGAUUAUUUCCUGUCCUGUCCUUUCUAAUAAACCCCUGAAGCGGCUUCAUUUUCACCUGCCUUAA